AUGUCUUCCAUUCCUCCCAGAAUAGCGACACCUGAUUGCACUUUGACUGAUAACGAGUCAAAUUCGUCAUACUGUUUACUAACCGACGGCGAUUUGCAUUUUCUACCUUACGAGUUGGGAAAUGCGAAUUCAAAGAACCACAGCAAUGCAAGUACCAAUGGAAGAUCGUCACCAAGGCCAGUUCCUAACAUAGGGAAUCUAGGACACGAUUAUCCCAUUUACAGUUCUUUUUUAAAUAACAAGACCGUAUCUUCGUUUGAUUCACCAAAUCCCUCGUCCACCCAUCUUUCCAGCAUGGCCACUAACAGUAAUGUUACAGAUCAUAUUAGUAUCCAAAAUGCAGAUAACAAUAAACACUUUGAUACCAUUCACAAACUCUUGGAUAAUUAUAAAUCACAUGCAAUUUAUUUACCCAAUGAUUUUAUACCACUCGUUGAUAAUGCAGCUCAAAACGAUAAAAUAAAGUCAUUGCUGCUGAACAUCUUCACACACUGGACAGCAACCGAUAAAGUAUCUAUCAAGAAAUUAACUGGCGGUAUCACGAAUAUGCUGCUUAAGUGUUGCUAUAGUAACCCAAACACAGAUAUGGCUGAAACCGUACUAGUCAGAACUUACGGAAACGGUACAGAUUUGAUAAUCGAUAGGGAUCGUGAAUUUGUUUCCCACUUAGUUUUAAACUCACUUAAUCUUGCACCUCCGAUCCAUGCAAGAUUUGGAAAUGGCUUGGUUUAUGGCUUCAUUGAAGGAAGCUCACUAGAAUAUGACCAGCUAUCCAACAACACAAUAUAUCCUUUAAUUGCAUCUAAGUUGGCCUGUCUACAUAAAAUUACUGAUGUUAAUAAAAUUGACGAAUCUUUGAAUAAAUUAAGACAUAAAUUCAACUGUGAAGCGGGAGAAGCCUCACAAGAUGAUAUUUGGUCUGUCCUUUUAGACUGGAUAGAGAAGCUACCAAUGAUCAAACCGAUGCUUGAUUUAUGUUUGCGAAAUAUGGAUAUUGCAACGGAACAGUCAGCUAUGGAAUUAAAAGCUAUCCUUUACAAUGAAGUGAGAUGGUUGCAAAAUGAAAUCGGCUCAACUUCUAUUAAUGUCAUUUCACAUAACGACCUUUUAUCGGGAAACAUCAUAAUACCUGAAAUAGCAGCAUCAGCACGAGAAUACGAGAAGUAUGAAAAAAACCCUGUAUCUUUUAUAGAUUAUGAAUACAUGAUGCCUGCUCCCCGUGCUUUUGAUAUUGCCAAUCACUUUAUGGAAUGGCAAGGUUUCGAUUGUGACAAAUCAAGGAUCCCACAAUUCACAUAUAAUAAAGCCAGUAGAAGCUAUGAAAAUCCAAUUGUUUGGAAUUGGUGUGAAAAUUACUUGAAUUCCUUCCACUCUAGCGACCCAACACUCAAUCCAUAUUCGAAACAUUUUACUUCGGGUAAUGUAAAGGAAGUAUCGAUUCAACAUCUGGUUAAUGAGGUUGCAUACCAUUAUGGUAUGCCCGGAUUAUAUUGGGGAAUAUGGGCAUGUAUUCAAAGUGAAAUCUCUUAUAUAGAUUUCGAUUAUGCCUCAUACUCAUGUGAGAGGUUAAUCGAAUAUUGGAAUUGGAAACGUGCAUACCUACUAAAUAAGGCACAGAACUCAGCCACUAUAUAG